AACACUUGAAAUUAAGGGGAAGGUAAGAGAAAUUUUACCCCCAAGCACCAUCACUUGAGGAGAUUCAAACUCCAAAUUUUUAGUAUUUGAGGUAAGACCUUUACAAAAUUAGAUCUCGUUUUGUUAAAGAAUGUGGUCAAAGUGUACCACAUCAUUAAUUUAACCAAUUUUUACAUUUUUGUGCAUCUAGUGGUCUAAAAUUUGGUGCAAUUUUCUAAAAUUUGGACUCCUUACCACUAAAGACAUAUGUGGAUUGUGCCUCGUGUUGGUUCUUCGUUCCUUGGAUUUGCUAGGAUCGCCGGUUCAUACUCGAUCCUUGUUACAUGUCAAGUUUGCCCAAGCACAUGUCAUGUAUUAUGCUAUCAUUUCAAAUCAUGUUAGGGCAUAUUGUGUCUUAUCAUGUUUUUCUGUCGUUAUUUUUUUUUUUUAACAUGCCAGGUUGUGCCAUCCCAUGGGCCAACCUGGCCCAAUACUAUCUUUACUUAUCCCAAGGCCCUAGGAAUGAUACUCCGCAACUCCUAAUUACAUUCUUACAUAGAGAAUUUUACACCUCAGUCUAGAACAUUACAAAGGAAAUCAUAAACCGAGAAAAUCUCGGAAAACAAAUGAAAACAGGGCACACUUCUUACCAAGCUAUAAAAAGCAGAGCAAACACAAACAUUACAACCCAACAACAAUGGCUUCAACGGUCCAAUCACACCAAUAAUCAAACUUCUUUCUAGACUCCUCUUUCACUUUCUCUGUCCUCCCAUUUUGUCCAUUUCUUUCUUUUUUGAUUAAUUUAUCAUUUUCAUAAUCAUCGUCUCACCGCCUCUCUGUUUUUUUAACCUAAAAGAUUGGAAAAAGUUUCAAUCUUUAUUCAUAAAUUAAUAAAAAAAAACUUCUGGGUUCUUAAUAUUAAAUUCUGGGUUUUAAUUGCUGAAAUUUGCAGUAGUUGUUAUGGCGGGAAAAGAUAGAGAUGAUACCCAGUUUGAUUUGGAAGAUGAACAUGAUUUAGAAGAUAACAGGGUUAAUAGUUGUAGCAGUGAUGAUAAUGAAGAUGAUGAUAAUGUUGAUUAUGAUAACAAUGUUGAUGAUGAUGAAGGUGAAAUUUUUACCUCUCAAACUUGGCCUCAGAGUUUCAGAGAGACAACGGAUUCGUAUACACUUGCUGCGUCCCCAGGGUUUGGACUGCUUGGUCGAACUCCUAGCUUGCUUAGCUUUCGCAGCAGAAGUAACAUAGAUGUUGAUGGAAAUAAGACUCCCUUGCUUUCUGAAUAUGGGAGCAGAUACCAGAAAGAAGACUAUGACAAGUUAUCGAAAGUGCCAUCGAGGAUAUCUGCAUUAGGAUCCUUGCAUGAACAUCUUGCUGGAGAGCUACCUAUUGGUCAAGGAUGCACUUUCACUCAAACUGUAUUCAAUGGGAUAAAUGUUAUGGCUGGAGUUGGGCUUCUAUCUACUCCUUAUACAAUAGAAGAAGCUGGUUGGCUGAGCCUGGCAUUCUUAUUCCUCUUUGCUAUGGUAUGUUGUUAUACAGCCUCGCUUAUGAGAUAUUGCUUCGAAAGUAAAGCAGGGAUUAUCACUUAUCCAGACAUUGGUGAAGCUGCAUUUGGAAAAUAUGGACGUCUAUUCCUAUCAAUUGCCUUGUAUGUGGAGCUAUAUUCAUAUUGUGUAGAAUUCAUUAUAAUGGAGGGGGACAAUCUUACCAGGCUAUUCCCUGGGAUGUCGUUAAGUUGGGGUGGCUUUUACCUUGAUUCAACGCAUGUGUUUGCAUUGCUCACUGCCCUAAUUGUUCUACCAACAGUGUGGCUGAAAAAUUUACGCUUAAUUUCUUACCUUUCAGCUGGUGGAGUUAUUGCAACAGUGAUGAUUGUUUUUUGUGUUCUGUAUCUUGGAACGGUGGAUGGGCUUGGCUUUCAUCACACAGGAAAACUUGUAAAUUGGAGUGGCAUGCCCUUUGCUAUUGGUGUGUAUGGAUUCUGCUACUCAGGUCAUUCAGUUUUCCCCAAUAUCUAUCAAUCAAUGGCUGACAAGAAACAAUUUACAGCAGCAUUGAUAACCAGUUUUGCUAUAUGUGUUUUGAUAUAUGGAAGUGUUGCUGUCAUGGGAUUUCUUAUGUUUGGCGAGGGCACUCUAUCCCAAAUCACUCUAAACAUGCCAAAGGAUUUGGUUGUUUCCAAUGUUGCACUCUGGACAACUGUGAUCAACCCAUUUACAAAGUAUGCAUUAUUGUUGAACCCACUAGCUCGAGGAAUAGAGGAGCUGUUGCCAGCCCAUAUUGCUAACAGCAACUGGUGUUUCUUUGUUCUACGGACAAGUCUUGUUGUUUCCACACUUUGUGUAGCUUUCUCAGUUCCAUUUUUCGGUCUUCUGAUGGCUUUAAUCGGUUCGCUUUUGAGUAUUCUUGUGGCUGUAAUCUUUCCAGCUCUAUGCUUUUUAAAAAUUAUGGAAAAGAAGGCGACAAAGAUGCAGGUGAUAAUAAGCACUGCCAUUGUCGUGUUGGGUGUUGUCAGUGGAGCCUUGGGGACGUAUUCUUCAGUGAAAAAGAUUAUCAGGAGUUACUGAUGCAUUGAUAUGAUGAUAUGACUACUGACUCCAGUUUUGGCUUGCCAGAGGGCUUUGCUUCAAAAUUCUUUAAAAAUCUUUUGUUGCUCACAAAAGAUACAUGUAUCCGUACAUAAACUCAGAAAAUCUUCUAUAGUCUUUUACAGAUUGGGGGUAAGGCUGCAUAUAGUGGAUCCUCCUCGAGCCCUGCCUUAGUGGAUUACAACUAGGUGUGGGGGUGGUGGACUGGUGAUUGUGGUUGUGGUUGUGGUUGUGGUUGUAGUUGUGGUUGUUGUCAUUGUUGUUGUUGUUGUUAACUUGUGUCGUAAACUUAUAGAAAACUAGAAAGUAUACUUUUGACACUGCUGGCUACAUCUCUUGGUGGAAUAAAGUUGAGCUUUCGGGCACAUUCAUAUGCU